UUUUGACAUAUUCGACAUAUUCCUGACCUUUUAACAAACAUACCAGCAUGGAACCACAAGGAACACCUGGAGAAGUGGCUCGGUAUGACAAAGCACAGGAGGAUUUUGAUAAGAACGUGGAAAAUUGGGAACGGUACAAAGGGGAGUAUAAAGAGAAGCUCGCAGAUCAACUGAUGGACAUGAUGGCAGAAGAAAAGAAGGAAUGGGAAGAGGUCCUAGAGACGAAGAAGGCCCAUGACAAUGCGAGGGAGGCUUCUGACACUACGGCGGAGCGUGCCAAGGCUGGUGCGACCCAAAAAAGGCAGGGAAAGCGCAGAGCGAGCGAUGGUGAUGGACAGCUGCCAAAAAAACGGGCUCGGGCUGUUUCCCCUGCGCCUUCCAAAACACCAGGCUAUACGGUCCCGCUCCCGACUGGAGACAAGCGGAAGGAGUUGCAAGGGAAGCUGAAAGAUAAAGAGUUCAAGGUUAUGUGGAGAGUUAUGUGCGACUUAUAUGGCCCUAAUCGGAAUCCGGAUGUCGAGCAGCUUAGUUUCGAUCACAAGCUCUUGUGUAGCGCUUGUAAAAAAGCAGUACCUGAGAUCGGAGACGUCCAGACAGUCCAGUGUGUCUUCACCGACAAGAACAACGCAAUUCAAUGCACGAACUGCAUAAAUUCCGAGUUCAAACCCAGGUGUUCAUUGCGCGACUAUCACAAGAAGAUUCGGACGUAUAUGAGGGCCGCGAAGAUCGAGGACCUUAAUCAAGAGAUGCAAAAGCUCAGGCGACUUACAUAUUUGUUCCAGUUCAAGAUGGAUAUCCACGUGCAGACGUCCGCCCGCGGGCUACUUGCGGAAGCUAUUGAUCACACGAGAGACAUGAUGGCGCAGAAGGGAAUGAUUGAGGGUGUUAUUUCGUCUUCGAAGAGGGAAAAGGAUGCUCACUCUCAAAUGCUAUCGGAGAAGAUGAAAGGUUUAUUGAGAGACGCACAAAGAGACUCGGAUGAGUUGCGAGAGUGGUUGAAGGCGCUGGCAGAGAAGGACAAGUCGUCCGCGGUCACCGACAUGAGGUUGCUGUCUACAACGAAUGACCUGGCGAGAAUUACCGCAAAAAGGCUACUUCUGAAAGCUGUUUUUCACAGCCGAAAAAUGGCAGCGCAGAAGAUAAAAUUCGAGGCGGAAUUUGUUUGGAGUUUGAGGAACGAAAAGGAUGCCCACUUCCAAAAGAUAUUGAAGGAGAUGGAGGAUUUCGAGGGAGACGCACAGAGAGACUUGGAUGAGGUGCGAGAGAGGUUGAAGGCUCGGGAGGAGAUGGAGGAGGAUCUUGAGGAUCUUGAGGAGGUGGUGGACGAGUUGGAGGACGAAGACGGGGAGUAGAGGGGGGUGGUAUUACCUUUGCGGAAUGUCCAUAUAUACGUACAUGGUCCUUUUUACCAACUUCCUUACCUGGA